CUUCAGUUAGUCACUACAAGCCCAAUCAGAUUAACUCAUAAGCGGAUUUGUCAAUAUGGCCUUUUCUCUCUAUUGAGCAACAGCUGAUUUUUUGUUCUUACCAUUCAUGCUACACUAGGGAAAGGGUUUUUUUUUUAAAUCUCUGGGUGAUUCCGACACGAUCCAAAAACUAUUGGAUUAUUAGUAAACACAAGGCCAAGGAACGAAGGAAACAGACUCGUUCUAUCAAGAACGGAGUUUUCGUAUUUGAUGAGAUGGAUUGGCUUCGAUAUACAUUAUUAUCUAUCCGCAUGCGCAUUGGCGGACUUCUGAUAAAAUGAGAUUGAAACUACGAAAAAGUGUGUUAAUUCUGAUAGGAGUCGGUGUCUUCAUUCUGUUCUUCUACUCAUCAUUGUUUGACGUUAAAAUACUGAACAAUUCCGAGCAUGAUAUGCGAAAAAUCUUGUUCAAGUUUUCCAAAACAGGGAACAAAGCGGAAAGCGCCAACAAUGAACGCCACCUACCGGCAGCCGAAAAAUACAACGACCCGUUUCAGGGCUACGAUACUUUGUCCUACGAAGACCUCAGGGAUAGCCCCGUACCAAACACAAUACAUUACGUAUGGUGCAACCAGGAAACCAUUUCCUUUGAAAACUACUUGUCCAUUCUUAGUGCCUGGAAAUUAAUGAGACCGGACUCCAUUGAGUUUCACACUGCACAUGUGUUUAAUCACACGGAGAAGAAAUAUGACAUGUGGAUGACAGAACUACAGAAAACAAUCUCGGGAUUCUCCAUUCAUAAAAUCCCAGAGAGCUGGGACGGAGAAGAAAAUGGUUGUGGGGUGUGGUUUGGAAUAGCCGUUCUGCACGACAGAGGGGGUAUAUACUUCUCCGAGAAUCUCCUACUGAUGAAGUCCAUAUCAUCGUAUCGGCGGCUAAAUUUCAAACUAGGACUGAAUGAGCAUGCGGACGAAAUCAGCUUUAUAUUUGCUGUGGAAAAAGAGGAAAAACUUCGACAGCUGGUAAAACUCAAGAAAGAUCAAGACUUGUCUUUGAACAGCUUUAACAGCACGGAUCUUUGCGAGAUCGUUCCGAAAGGAAAAGUCCGAAAUGUUCCGGAUGAUGUUUGUUGUUGCGAGAUAUCCGGAAUUCAUCCUGUGGAUAUCAUGCACUCUAAUACAUCAGUGGCCGCUAGGGCGCGUCGCUUGAUAUAUGGGAAUCCUGACAUUGUGAAAGACACUCCGAAACUUCCAGGCAAAAUUCCCAAAAUCGUUCAUUUAGUGUGGUACCGAAAAAAAGAGAUGGACUUUAUGAUGUACCUGAGCCUCAGAAGUGUGAUGACAAUACUCAAACCAGAGAAAGUGUUCAUUCACGGUGAUAACCUUCUGUACGGAAAGUAUUUUGAUAAAUUUAAAAAGGACCCCCGCGUGCACAACCUCUAUCGAGAAGUCCCAGGAACCAUCUUUGGGCAUAGGGUUCUUUACACUCAGCAUAAAAGUGACAUCAUAAGAGCAGACGUUCUCCUUAAAUACGGAGGAAUUUACAUGGACUGGGAUGUUCUGUGGCUAAAGCCUAUUGAUGAUCUCAUCGAUAAAGGCUACGACGCCAUUUUUAAUUUUGAUCACAUGACACGUAAUGGAUAUCCUGACGUCAUAAAUCUCGGCGUUUUCAUGUCUAAGCCUCAUUCUCAUUUUGUCAAGUACUGGCAAGACAGUCUCGUCAAUUACCGCUCAGACGAUUUUUAUCACAACGCUUUAGAGCUACCGUAUAAAACCUACGAGAAAUACCCACAAUACGUGCAUGUGGAGCGCCAUCUACAAGUCAUGUGCUUCCAGCUGAAGUGUCAUCCGACUUUCAGGAACGAUUACCACGACUUUGAACGAGACCAGCAUUUUGAUUGGAGAAAAGACGCCUACGCCAUUCAUUUCACUCACCCCGAUCCUCCGGAAUAUGCCAACGAAACAGCGCUUAAACAGGGAUACAAUAAGUUUGCCCAAAUUGGACAACAUAUAUUAAAUCAGAAAUAUGAAUAUGAUUAAUACGAAACCUGUUACCAAUAGAUGUAUACGAGGACAUUACCUCAUGAUCAUCGCAGUCCACAUUAAUAAUAAAAACAGGGUUUUGUAUAUUUUAUUUCAAUUUUAAUUUCAUUAUGUUAUAAUUUUUACAGUUUGCAUAAAUUUGAAACAGAAUUGACUGUAACCGAUUAGGCAUGGUCUAAUAAUAGCACGACGUCUUGGUCCCGAAAACUCUUAUAAAUGUCGCCAUCUGUUCGACCUCGGUUAGUGAAUUUCAAGGUCAAACAUCAUAAGUCAUUU